CAACCCACAGAGCAUGUUACUGCUAUAUUUCGUUUCUUUUCAUUUUCUGUGUAUUUUCAUUAUUAUUACCGUUGAGUGCCACCAGGGGGCGCUAUAGUGUAAGUGAGCUUUGUAUGCAGAGUAGAGGUUAAUUUCCUCAGAAGAAGCGAUCUCUCGAGAGAAAGAAAGAUGCGUGACUGAAGCGUGGUCACAAAGCUAAGUUGUUAAGAAAAAUAAGAAACAAUAAGAAGAAGAAGACGACUGAAACUAAUUCCUCUCUCGGUACUCAGCCAACGAGUUUUCACGGUGUGUUUAUGAGUCUGAACAAGCUGGAUUCAAUAAAUUCAUCAGUUGAGAAAGCCACUUGUGUCUGUUGGUACCUGGAGGAGUUACAGUGAAAACUCGGCUGAUCUGCGCGAGUGGAGGCGAGGCGGCAUGAUCAGAGGAGCAGCAGUCUUGCCACAGCGUGAUCGGCACGUGCACGGAGCGGGCGCGCGCACGAGACCAAAGCGGGAUUUGAAGACCAACACUUUAAGAUAAGGCCAUAAGAAAUGCGGACAUUCAUAAGUUAAGGGUUUGUCUGAAAAAAGGAAAACAAAACGCAAGUUUAAGGUUCAUUAAUCAAACUGUGAUUUAAAGUAACGUUUUGCUAUUCCUAAUUUUUGUUUAUUAAGCCACAUUGUAAGGUCUAAAGCACUUAAGUUUAAGCAUCAGUAGGCUACAUUUGUUUUACACUGGCCUAUUUGUGCCAAGAAUGAGAAAUGUGUUUCAUGUGAACAGUUUAAAUGUGAAUAACUCUUAUUUGAAUAAGUUUUUGGUAUAUUUAAGUUGAAAGAGUUAAGUUACUUUCACAUUACUGUAUAAAGAUUCAGUAUUACAUUUUUAUUUUAUUCUGCCUUUAUAUUUCAAAUGCCGACUGUCUAGGGGUGACUUUUAGUUUACAUAAACAUUUUUGCUGUUUAGUGACAAGUGACAGACGUUAAAAUGACUGAUCCAAAUACACCAUUAAUUAGUACAGAACCCCAAAGUCAGUCUGAAGAAACCCAAGGUACUGAUCCUAGUGAGCAGCAAGAAUCAGUACAACUUAGAAGAAGUCAGAGAGUGAAAACACUCACGGAAAAGGGAAGAGAAAUGCAGGAUGAGAAGAUUAAAGGACUCCAGCAAAGAUUUAACUACAACUACGAAAAGUGGAGAACACAUGCAAAGGCAUCCAAAGUACCCCUCUCUCAACCAGGACCCUCAAAUAAAGACAUUCUUGAAGAUAUAACUGGUGAUGUUAGAGGUCUUUGUGCAGAUGUCACAAAGGUUUAUGAUGAGUUACGCAAGCUCACCCCACCGGAUCAAGAGACACGUCGCAGAGUAGAUCUGUGUGUGGAGAUCUCAGGUUUCCUUGUGAAUAAAGCAACUUGCCAAUUGGAAGGAAGAGAGGAACAAGAUUGGCCGGAAGCAGGCUCCCUCUUUCAAACUACAAGCAGUAAGUCAAGCUCCUUCAACAUAACUAAGAACUCAUCUGAGCAUUCACAUAGAUCCUCUGUAAAACAUCAAGAAGCUGCAGCAGAAGCAGCAGCGAGUCAAGCUGUUCUAAAAAUAUUAGAAGAACAACAAAUGGAACAGCAAGAGAUAGAAAGACUAGAAGUUGAAGUCAGGAAAAGAGCAGUGGAACAAGAAACACUAAUUAGACAAAAGCGCUUAGAAAGAGAGGCUGAAGAAAUUAGACUAAGAAUGCAGAGAGAAGCAGAUGAAGCAAAGUUUAAGGCUCAACAAGAAGAAGAGUAUGCAGCUCUGCAGAGAACACUUGAUGAAAAGAAAAGAAAGGUACAGCACCUGGAAAAGGUCAAAGAUCUCAAGGCAGCACAAGCAAGGAUGCAGGUUUAUGACCAAAUGAGUGUAGCAGAAGUGCAAAAGGUCGAUGUAACAAAGAUUAAUACAGAAAUUAGAGACGUUGAACAUGUAAGCUUUCCAUCUCUUCUUGAACAAGUCUCACCCCAAGCUGCAGGCACUCCUAAAGGUGAUGGUACAUCAGAUUUAGUUAAAGUGCUAGCAAGUGCACUAAGUGCUAGUCGUAUCCCUGUUCCGGAACCUACUGUGUUUUCUGGGGAUCCCUUAAGUUACAGUGACUGGAAACUGUCAUUUCAAACACUGAUAGACCAAAAGAAUAUCCCUAACAAGGAGAAAAUAUUCUACCUUCGAAGAGAUGUGAGUGGACCGGCUAAGAGAGCGGAUGAAGGAUACUUCCUGCUUGGAACUGAAUCCGCACAUGCUGCUGCAUGGAAGAUUCUGGAUGAAAGAUAUGGAAAUCCAUUCACAAUAGCAAAAGCUUUUAGAGACAAACUGCAUGCAUGGCCCAAAAUGACCUCAAGGGACAGUUUCGAACUAAGGGACUUUGCAGAUUUCUUGCGCAGUUGUGAAGCUGCAACAGCUCACAUUAAGUCAUUAGAGAUCUUGAAUGACUGCAAUGAGAACCGAAAGAUUCUUUCCAAACUUCCAGACUGGCUUGCUGCUAGUUGGAACCGCAAGGUUGUUGAAAUUGAAGAACAAACAAAUCAGUUUCCCACUUUCAGCCAGUUUGUUGAGUUUUUAACGAGAGAAGCCAAGAUUGCUUGUAAUCCUGUUACAUCUUUACAGUCACUAAAACAAUGUGAGUUUAACAAAUCAGACAAACCGAAAUUUACCAAACAGAAAGAAAUUGGAGUUAAAACACUGAUGACGACUUCACAAGAAAAAACACAACUGGUAUGUGUAUUCUGCAAGAAACCCAAGCACAGUUUACACAAAUGCAGACGUUUUCUUGAAAAGGCUGUGUCAGACAGAAUCAGCUUCAUUAAGUCGGAAAGGCUAUGUUUUGGUUGUCUCAAACCAGGCCAUCUUUCAAAGAGCUGUACCAACCGCAAUAUUUGUGAAAGGUGCAGUAAAGGGCAUCCUACCUGUCUUCAUGAAGAUAGAGUUAAGGACAAAGAAGAACAAAAGCAACCACUAGCUAAGCCAAAUCCAAGUAACGAAAGAUCAAGUCAAAGCGACCGAGCUCAAAAACAAGUUACAGCCAUGGCUACAACUAACCGAGUAGCGAGUCAAGAAAAUAACACACAGACUGCUGCAAUCAUUCCUGUGUGGCUUUCAUCUUCUACAAAACACAAAGAAGUUCUUGUAUAUGCCUUACUGGAUUCGCAAAGCGAUACAACGUUUGUUCUCAGUGAAGUUGCAAAGUUGCUAGAUACAAACCAAGAACCGGUUAAACUAGAACUGUCUACCAUGUCUUCCCAGACUACAGUUGUUCAGUCUAACAGACUGCAAGAUCUUAAAGUUCGUGGUCUUAACUCAAGCAAAGGAAUCACUUUACCUCCUACAUACACACGAGAAUUCAUUCCAGCCAACAAAGCUCACAUUCCAACUAAUGAGACAGCUAAAGCUUGGCCACAUUUAGAACACCUUCAACCAGAAAUCGCACCUUUGCAAGAUUGCGAGGUAGGAUUGUUGAUCGGAUACAACUGCUCACAAGCUCUUCUUCCAAGAGAGAUUGUGUCAGGCAAGGAAGGUGAGCCAUACGCUCAGCGCACUGAUCUUGGUUGGAGUAUAGUUGGACAAACCAAUCCCUGCCUGAACUAUGGAGAUGCGAUUGAUAUUAGUCAUCGUAUUAUUGUCAAGAAGGUCAUCCCAGAGCUUAAGCCCUCUCUAAAGCUUCAGAACAAGGUCCACUAUGUCAAUAGGACAACAGUAAAGGACGUCACCCCUUCGGACGUUAUCAGAGCACUUGAAGGAGACUUCUCUGAAAGAGCCCUUGAUGGCAACCCUACAACAGAAUAUGUGCAAUGCAUCGCCUAA